GCUAACCUUAUUUUAUCUACCAAAACCUAAAGUCGGUGGCAUAUGCUAGAUCAAUGACAUAAUGUCAUACCAUUUGACAGACAGUCCAUUAGCCCUAGGGCAUCAGAUAGAAUCUGGUGAAUGAUUUCUCGAUUUUCACAUACUGUGCCCAAAAGUUGCACAUGUUAUGGUCCUGCAAUCAUUUGACCUGCCGAUACUCCUGUUCAACCCAGUGACUGUAUGCUAGGGAGAUGGAGUUGCUUGUCAUGGCAAACACUGGGGAGGUGUCCCCAAACACCCCUUAGACCUGAUUGUUUUUUGUGUUUCUCUCUCUACAUAUCUGUGAUCAUGUUAUUUAGUCAAUGCGUUUCAAGGCAACUUUGUACCAGGUCUAAAAAAAUUCCAUGCAGUUUUACUUUCUACUCGUUUUGGGGGCCCGUAGGAGGAAUCAGGAGCAACUAAUUUCAUCUAUGGAUACCAGCCUAUUUGCUGAGUGGGCUACCCUCAGCUGGUAAAAUAACUGGACAUUAUGUUUAUGUUUGCAGUGGGAAAGGUACAUGCUCUGUGAUGGAAACCCUGAUCCACUCAACACACGUGAGCUCAGCACUUACAUGAACCUCUGGCGAGAUGAUAAAGAAUACAAGUCCGUUCCAGUUGUACUCAGUGAAAGUGAAGGAACUUUGAAGCUUAUUGGAGAGCUGGAGAAUUUUAUAUCCAUUUCAGAAGAAGAAGGAUUCACAGAAGAUGAGGUUCAAAGGCUUAAACAGUCUGUGCUUAACCUUCAAGAGCUGAUCAGCUAUAAACUUGAUGAGGCUACCAUGAAUCUACUGCAGAAUGCAUCUGGUGAUGUAGAUCCUGAUACACAAAAUUUGCAGUUUACAAGUGGCUCAGAAAAUGUGACAGUUUGUGUAUGGGGAAAUGUAGCCAAGAAUCCAAGAGUGAAGUCCUUCUCAUUUGAAAAGAUGGGGUUCACAAUGGAAAUCCCAAGAGUUCUUGCUAUUGGGAAUGUGGCUGUUCGUGUUAUGUACACCAGAUAUGAUCAUCUCUCUCCCUUGUCCAAAUCAUUUUACCCCAAGAUCAAAGUUAAACCUCCAGAGGUAGUGGUGGAAGAAGCACCUCCAGCAGAAGAAACAGAUGCAGAUGGGACAGGUGAAGGUAAUGAUGGAACUGACAAAGAAGGAGCAGAGGAGUCACUGGAGGCCAUACCACCAAAAUCUGCCUCACAAGCCAGCCGUGCAAGUAAAGCAAGCAGAAAAAAGAGUGGAAGAACCAGCAGUGGUAAAAGUAGUCGUAGUCGUAGUCGCAAAGCCAGUGCUAAGAGUGUUCGAAGUCAGGUCAGUGAUAGUGAGACUCAACAAGACAAAGAAGGGGAAGCUAAAGAAGGAGACCAAGAUGGUGAGGGAGGUGAGGACAAACCUGGGUCAGCUGAUCAAGUGCUUGACGAGGCUGCAACAGGACUGGAAAGUGGGCUGGAUGAGGAAGAGGAGGAAGAUGACGAUGUUGUGGACCUGAGAGCAUUUAGUGCUAUUGGUCCACUUAUGUUUAUUGAGCUUCUGGAUCUUCCACCACAGCCUAAAGUUGUUAAUGGGUGGAUCAUGCAGCAGAUUGUAUCUUCAGAGCUCAAACGAGUGAAUUAUCAAGUUGAGGGGCAGACAGCUUUAGACUCAAACUCAACAACCAGCACCCCUGCCCCACCCAACUCUGCAUCAGCAUCUCAAGUGCAAAUAGCCAACCCACCAGUAAUGAUCACAUGCAAGCUCCCUGGAAAUGUCAUGUAUUUUGAACAGCCCCAGCUGGCACAGUGGGAUUCAGCAAAAAACAACUGGAGACUUGACACAUUUACAGACACACAAUACAAUGAAGAAGAGAGAACUGUGUUAUUGAAGAUGUCGACCUUUGGUCCCAUUGCCACUUUUCAGGAUCUCUAUCUUAACAUGCCAUUCCAGUCGUGGGAACUACGUCCUCAUGCUACCAACAGCUGUCUGUUCACCCUUAUUGCUGCCAUUAUUGAACUGGAAAUUGAAAUUAAGGAUUCUUUGUGUGCUUUGACCCAGCCAGACAAUACUCCUGAGCUUGCUCAUUUGAAAGGAAAAUGGAUGAAACCACAACAGCUGAUUGAGGCCAUGCAGAAGGCUGGAGUGAAUGUUUUUCCAGCUGUUGAUGCAGAAAAAUAUGUCAGCAUUAAUUCCAAGGAGAAUUGGUUGGAGAAUAACAUUUACCAGGAAAUGUCAUUGACAGCAUCUGCAUUUGCAUAUACCUGGAGUAAAUGGAAUGCUGAUUGUGGCAAGGACAAAAUCAUUAUUCAGGCUGUUGAACAACUGGAGGAUGAACAACCUUUAGAGGAAGACUGGUCAUUGUUCAAUAUUGGAACACAUAGUUCUUGCAAGCUACGAAUGAAGGAGGAUGACAGUGAACUUUCUGAUGAUCUUGCUGAAAAUACACAGCUUCACUCCGAUCUUUACCAUAUGGUGCUGGAUGGAGCCUCAGAGGGAGCACAGCAAAGAGUGAAGGCCUCUAACUUCUUAUUUAUUGACUGUGUAUAUCAGUUGCUGAAUGCUACAAAAAUCAUUACAUACUCAUAAAUAAUUUCUCGUUGGAAGCUUGAGUCCUAAGUUACAUCCCAAUGUUCAGACCUUGUUUGCCUAAAUAGCCUAGGCUAAUUAAAACGUAGAAAGGAUUUUACCAGUGUUGUCAUGUGGAAUUUGGAUAUAAUAUUAUUGAAUGACAUUCACUUGAAAACCAUAAUGAGUUUUCCUCCAAAUCAUUUUUUACUCGGCAAUAACAUAGUAAUAUAGAAUGUUUUCACAAACAUGUUCACAACGGUUGUACAUAUUUGUAAUAUGAAACCUUUAGGUAAAAAAAAAUAUCGUUACCUAUGUAUUGUAUUUGUCAAGGUGAAAGCUCUUAGAGUCUGCUGUACAUCAUCUGCUAGUAAAGCAAGGUUGAACUCCCUAUUUAUGUUGUAUCAUAGUUGGUCAUAGACGAAAAUGCUGGCCAUCUGUUAAUAUUAUUGUAAGUAUUUGUAGGCUUGUUAGCCACCCAGAUUGUAUUAAUGAUGUAAUAAAGAGUUUGUAAAGAAAA